AUGGCCGCUGUUCAACAGCGAGUUCUGAACUGGUUAUACAGUGUUCUUACGAGUGAAUAUCGAGAUGUGAAUCGUACAUAUAAUGACGUCGCCCAGACCCUCUCUCAAUACACCUCAUUAUCCCCGCGGACGGAUGUCUACACAUACGAAAAUGGCGCAUCUUCACUCCUUCUUCAUCUCUCCGGUACCCUUCCUGUGAAUUUUCGUGGCACGACCUACCGAUUCCCGAUCGCAUUAUGGAUACCUCACGCAUAUCCGCAAGAAGCUCCAUUGGUAUAUGUGACACCAGUUGAAGGAAUGGUAGUGAGAGCAGGUCAACAUGUAGAUCCGCAAGGGAAGGUUUACCAUCCAUAUUUAAUGAGGUGGCCAGACUAUUGGGAUAAGUCCAAUGUACUCGAUUUUCUAGCGAUUCUUAGAGACAUUUUUGCCAAAGAACCUCCUGUCAUAUCGAGACAGCAACAAAACGCCCCACCACGUCCACAACCAAUAGCUAUACCUCCUCCUAUACCUCCACUUCCUCCCAAUGUAGUUCGAUCGAUACCAAGUCCAGCUCCUCCACGCCCAUCAGCUGAUGAACGACCUCCUCCUCCUCCCCCGAAACCUACAAACAAUGAUGUACCAUACUCACCUCCCGGUUCCUCACGACGAGACAACGGGCCGCCAUUACCCCCACUACCUACACAAGUUGGAUAUGAUAAUAGCAGAUAUGGACCACCAAUGCCACAGUCACCAAUUAGGCAUUCACAUACCCCUCAAAGAAGUAGUAGUCUACGAUACGAGAGUGCCCCUCUGCUACCACCGCAACAGUCCAGGCAAAACUUACGGGAACCAUCAUAUAGUCCUGUGAGUCCAAUAACUCCACCAGAAGACCCUUAUAGACAGUCCUCGCACUCUCAGUCAUACCAACAACCAACACAGUCUCAACAACCUCAACAACCAUACAACUCGAAUAAUAUCCAACAACCUAUUCCUCAAAAUGGUAGACCCCCUUUACCACCGCCUCAAUAUAUGCAUCCACAACAACAGCAACAACCGUAUCCUGGACAUACUUCCCAUCAACAACGGACUCAAUAUCAGCAGCAACAACCUCAGCCACCACAAACACAACCCCAAGCCAAACCUCCAAUUCCUGACCUUCUCGAUGCACCCUUAACUCUCUCCAUUCCCGGUGCCUCCUCCGCUAAUCUUCCCGCCCCACCCAUCCCUCCCAACCCAGAAAAAGAUAUGCUCCUCCACAAACUCGCCAGCGCCCUCCACUCCCAACGUCUCCACCACACCGCCCAAACCGCCUCCUCCCUACCCGGUCUCCACUCCCAACAAACAUCUAUGCUCAGCACUCUCACCACCAUGCAAUCCGAGUUGUCCGCUCUCGAAUCCCUCUCCACUUCCCUUAUCACCAACACCACAAUCCUACAUAGCUCCCUCCAAACCGCCGAUCAACUUCUCCAAUCCUCUCAACAUCGUACUCCACCCCCAAUCGACGAACUGCUCGUCGCUCCAACAGUUGUAGGAAAUCAAUUGUACGAAUUAGUUUGCGAAGAAAGGAGUUUAGGAGAUGCUAUUGAUGUGCUAGGGAGAGCGGUUGAGAGGGGAAGGAUCACGGGACCGACGCUUGCGAAGAUGACGAGGGGGUUGGCUAGGGAAUUAUUUUUGAAAAAGGCGUUGAUUAGGAAGAUAGGGAUAGGGAUGGGGUUAAGCAGGGUGGUCGGAGGGGGUGGUACGUUGGAGGAAGAGAUAGAAGAUGAACAGAUGCCCGAACACAGGAAAUCAAAGCAAGCACAACGCAACUAA